UGUACGGACCGGGGGGCUUGGUGGAGAGUCGGCGGACCGGGUUGGGGGGUUUCCGAUCCAAGACUGCGCAGUCGGAAUUAAAAACAGAAGGAAAAAACAAACGAAGAAAAAAAAAAUAUCGCAGCUCGUCACACGGACAUCAUGGAGGUGCUGGCAGUUCUUAAUUUGGGCGAUUUUGCCCAAGCUUUCUCCAAAAUGGGAAUGUUUCCCGUGUUUGAUCUCGCCUAUUACAUCGUGUCCAUCCUCUACCUCAAAUACGAGCCCGGCUCGGUGGAGGUUUCUCGCAGGAGUCCCGUGGCCUCCUGGCUCUGCGCCAUGCUCUACUGCUUCGGCAGUUACAUCCUGGCGGACAUCAUGCUUGGAAGCAGCCCCGUCGACUAUUUCCAACACAACAGCCACAUCCUGCUGGCCUCAGCUGUCUGGUACCUCAUCUUUUACUGCCCACUGAACCUCUUCUAUAAAUGCGUGGCUUUCCUGCCUGUCAAGCUGGUGUUGGUUGCCCUGAAGGAAGUCGUUCGCACUCGUAAGAUUGCCGCAGGUGUUCACCAUGCCCACCACGCCUACCACCACGGCUUCUUCAUCAUGGUCAUCGUCGGAUAUGUUAAAGGAUCUGGAGUGGCUCUCAUUUCCAAUUUUGAGCAGCUGCUGCGCGGCGUGUGGAGGCCUGACACCAACGAGAUCCUCAACAUGUCAUUCCCGACCAAAGCCAGUCUGUACGGAGCCAUCCUCUUCACCAUGCAGGAGGCUCACUGGCUGCCAGUGUCCAAGAGUGUCCUCAUCCUCGUCUUCACCCUCUUUAUGGCCACAACCAAGGUGUUUAUGACCGCCCGACACUCCCACGGCUCCCCCUUCGCCCUCAUUGAGUCCUGGACCUGCCACCUGCUCUUCGGCUCUCCUCUGGGUGGCGGUGAGGAAGACCACCACCAUGCCGCCGCUGCCGCUCCAUCUUCACCUCUCAAAACCAAGGAGGAGCUGAGCGAGGGCGUUCGCAAGAGGAAGGCCAAGAAGGCCGAGUAGGACGCCACGCUGCACCGAUGAAACUGCAUCUGACUCGCCCUCAUGGCCUCCCCAUGACGGCUUCCCAUUCCUUUCUAAGGAAAGGGGCAGUUUGAUGUUUUGCCAAAUGAGACCCUUUCUAUUAGAGCAACAUGGUGCUUUUUGCAUUUUACAUGGCAGGACUCUGUAAAUACCACGGCAAAUGUUUCUCGCUUCAACCCAACCUGGACAUUUGAAACCUGCCUAUUUAUGUUUCUGUGAACACCAGCAUCUGUGCUCAACGCUGUGUGGUGGUUUAGGAGACGUACGGUCGCCUUCGGACGGCAUUAGAUCCACAUCAGUAGUUGUUUUGCUGGGUCAAGGUGUUUUCUUUGAAUCUACUAAACCUCAUAUCAGCUCAGAAAGAAGCAGAAAAUUAGACAACGUCUCAAUCAGAAAGUUGUGAUUAAGGCAUUAUGUGAAAGAACUUUUCCCGUAAUGCUCCUCACACUGAGAUGAAAACGAUUUCAUAUGUUUAAAUAAAAGUAAAAGAAACA